UCGUGUUGUUGUUUGGGAAACCAUCGCAACGACGCGUUUGCGUUCAUUGUUAACGGUAAACCAAUGAAGAACAAUUGAUUUUAGUAGUAAUUUGCAUACGAAACGGGAAACGAAGGAAAAUAAUAUUACUAUUCAGAUGAAUCCUGGAAGAACGUUAUCAAACCUGUAUUUGCAAUAUGAAUUUUGUUUCAAGAUUUGAGGAUGCCAGCAGGGGAGAGUGAAGCCAGAGCAAAGACUAAGGCCAGAUUUGAUGAGGUUUUAAAGAGGUACACUGAUCCCCCUUCAGAGAAGAAAAAAUCCAGAAAGAAGAAUGCCCAGCAACAGGAAAGUAUUGUGCUUGAAACUCUGAAAAAACAGCUUGACCUCAACAAAGAUUCGGAGGAUGACGGGACCAUCCUCAAGAACACGUACCGGCCCGACCAGGGCAGCCCGCGCUACAUCAAGAACAAGCUCAGGGAGAAGGAGCUGUCCGAGAAGGUGAAUAACAGCAAUGGCGUCCAGGAUGCGGAGCUUUCGAAGGGCAAGAAGAAGAGUAAGAGGGAUCUACCCAAGCCAGCGUCUGAGGAUGACAACAUCCGGUACUUCGCCCCGACCGACAAGGAUGGCUCUGGGCCAGUUUCAGAAGCGAACGAGACACUGGGAACGAAGGUAGUGAGACGAAAGAAGGGGAAAGAGAAGAACGGGACAGAAGGCGCUGACGGGCUGCUGACAGAUGGGGCGAAGGCUGAAGAUGAACUCCUGCAGGAGUACCAGCAGCAGAUUGUUCGCCAGGAGGCACGUGCCACCAAGAAGAGCUCAAGCAAGAUGGCUCCUGGGAAGGAGAGUGGAACCACCAUGGUGGUGGCCUUGAACAAUGAUGUUGGGAAGAAGAAAAAGAAGAAGUUGAAGUCACAUGACACUGAAGUUGAACCAGGCCCAUCUGAGGAGCCCAGGAGCAAACAGAGGACGGUCUCCUCGGAUGCAGGAGGAGAGGGACGAGGCGAGCAGGAAGUGCAGCCCGAUGAGCAAAAUGAGAGGGAGGAAACUCUCAGCAGUAAAAAAAGGAAAAAGAAAAAAAUUAAGGAGGUGAAAGAGGACCACGAGGCCGAGGCGCCGAGUGCUGCACAGCCGGCUUUGGACGACAGCCUCGUGCUCGGAGUGCACAUCCACAGGACGGACCAGCUGAAAACAGACAUCCUCCUCUCUCACCCCAUGGUCAAAGUCCACGUUAUCGACGAGGUCACUGGGCAGUACGUGAAGAAAGAAGACAGUCAUCGGCCGGUGUCCUCCUUCUACGAGCAGGACGGAGUGGAGCACGUUCUCCCCAUCAUGACCCAACCCUUCGAUUUCAAAAAGAACAAAUCCACCAUUCCCGUGUGGGACGAGCAGAUCGUUUUCAACGAGCGCUUCGGGUAUUUCCUCCAGGAUGAAGACGAAAGCCCACGAGUUACGCUCUUCUUUGAGGUCCUGGACUUUAUGAGCAUGGACGAAGCCAAGGCCAACACGGAAGCAGACAGACAUGAACGGGGCUUUCGGAAAAUCGCCUGGGCAUUCCUGAAGCUUGUGGGAGCCAACGGGGUCCUAAAUGUAGGCAGUAAGCUACGACUGCAGCUGUACUGCCCCCCGCCACGAGCCAAGAGACAGCCUCACACUGUGGAGGUGGUGGAGUGGUGGAGAAGGUACCCCAGGAGAAGAUACGCGUCGACACUCUACGUAGCUGUGAAGGGCCUCAAGCUUCCGGAACACGUUGACCCUUCCAUUCGCUCGAUGAUGGCGCUGCAGCAGGAGAGGGGCAGCACCUCGUACAGCGAGCUGCAGGAUGAAGUGGCCAAGAAGACGAGCCGCCGGGCGCUGGAGGACAAAGGCGACAUUUUCAGGUGGAGCAGAGUGCCUGGGCAGGUCUGCCGCAUUCCUAACAAACCCAUGCUGUCCUUCCGGGGCGGUCAGAUGGGCUGCCUCACGCUGCGCUUCUCACACGCUGGACGAAGGCUGGCGGCUGGCUGCGCAGACAGGGACGCCUUCCCUGUUGUGGUGUACGAGAUUCCAUCGGGAAAAGUCCUGGCCGCUUUCAACGGCCACCUCAGCAUCGUCUACGACCUCUGCUGGUCCAGAGAUGACCUCAGCUUGUUGUCUGCGUCAUCAGAUGGGACCGUGAGAAUCUGGGAUGUUGAGAGGAUGCAAAGCAUCGCCAAGAAGGUUCUUCCCCACCCGUCUUUUGUUUACGCCACCCAGUAUCACCCGGUUACCCAAGAGCUGGUCGUAACCGGGGGCUACGACUGCCUCAUCCGCGUGUGGAACGUGAACGUUCGUGACGUCAACGGUCAGCUUCUGCACGAGUUUGAGGGACAUAAGACAUUCAUUAACGCCUUGUGUUUCGACUCCGAAGGGAUGCGGAUGUAUUCUGGGGACAAUGGGGGGUCUAUCGUUGUGUGGAACUCGCCGGCUGAGAGUGGUGCAAGCCAGCGGACGACUCAGCUGUGGAACGUUGAACGGGAAAUUGGAGAAAGUGACUUGAAGGGCAUAUCCAUCAGCGGACUGGAGGUCCAUCCCAAUGGGCGCCGUCUUCUUAUUCAUGCCAAGGACAGCAUCGUGAGGGUCAUGGAUUUGAGAAUAUUGGUGGUGAAGAAGUACGUUGGGAUCACAAACUACAGAGAGCGGAUCCGCAGCACCUUCUCGCCCUGCGGGAGCUUCAUCUUUUCGGGAAGCGAAGACGGCAUGGCCUACGUGUGGAACGCAGAUACGGGUGACCGUGUGGCCGUGUACACGGAGCUGUGCUACCCCAGGCCCCUGCGAGAUGUAGCUUUUCAUCCCCAUGAAAACAUGGUUGCCUUCUGUGCCUUUGGAGAUAAUCAGCCGGUGCUCGUCUACAUCUACGACCGCAAAGUUGCUCAGAUGGAAGUGGAGAGCAUGAAGGGGCUAAAGCAGCGCAGCCCCGCAGAGACCGGUGCUCUCAGGAACACGUCCGACACGGCGGCCUUCCCCGAGUCCUCGACCUCCUCCACCGUGGACCGAUUCGCCAGGGCUGCCCGUCUGUCUCUGAAGAUGCAACACGUCAAACAGAAGCUCGACUCUGUUUUAAAUCGAAAUCCUUCAGCUGUGGACCACCUGUAUGAGCAUGGAGGGAUUUCUUCAACAGGAUGGGAGAGACCUCAGGAAGCCAGUUUUCUCUUCAACACAAUGAGUUCGGACCCGUUUCUCCCUGCGCCAUCCGUGCUGUCCCCUCACUCGAAAGUACGACUCCCCGGAGCUCCGCUCAUCCCCCCUCAACCCUCUCUGGGCUCCAGCAGCCGCUUCAGUCCGGUCGGUCAGCGUUUCAGCCAUGCACCUUCCCUCCAGCUCCAGACGGGCUUGGAUGAUCGUCUUUCCUCUUCCCUUCGAGCCGAGGCUGAUUCUUUCGUACCAGUGCAGCAGACGGUUAUAUCUCUCUACGACUACAGCGCUAACCGAUCUGAUGAGCUGAGUGUGUGUCGUGGCGAUGUUAUCCAAGUGCUGUACAAAGACAAUGACAACUGGUGGUUCGGACGCCUUGGCAGGGGACAGCAAGGCUACUUCCCAGCUAACUACGUUGUCGAUCAAAGGGAUUUUGAGGAGGAACUGUCGCAUGCGAUGGAAACAAACCCCUCCUUGUUGGAGCAGCUUAACCAGUCAGCUGAGAGAUCUACACCCACAAAGACGUCGGCCGUCGUGAGCGCGUCCGGGGAGCUCAGGUUCAUCUCGGAGCACGACAGCGACUCCGACAUCCCUUCCGGCCUGGAUCGGAAGAAAAAGAGAAAGGCAAAGAGACCCCCCGGAGGGUCUGCGCAAUCUGCUCCGUCAGACCCCGAAGUCCCGAGCACAUCUGGAACAAAGAGGACGGCUUGCAGACCGCUCCCAAAACGAGGAGAGUCGAGCAAUCCUCGUGAAGAUGAUAAAUAGACCCCCAGCAGGGAAGAGCAACCAAAGAGGAUUGUCGUUUCUCUGGGCAAUGAGAGAUUCUACUGCUGUUCUGCACUUUAUUUUAUACUUAGUAAUUGUACAGCCAGAUGUUUUGGCCCUUAACUCAUAGAGGAUUUAAUAACCAUCCUUUUGCAAUAGUUAAGGCGAACCCAAAAUUGUCAAAUGUCAACUUGGAGGAAAAUAUCUUAAUGUUUGCUAUUACUGCAGCGUUCAUAUUGUACAGAGAGCAUCGUGUAUGAACGUUAUAAAGUUCAUUGUUGAAAAUAUUUCUAAUGUAGUUAACAGUAAAAUUUUUGUCCUAUUUUGUAUUUUUUUCUUUUAAUUCUUUGUUGGACCAGUUUUAUAAAAAUACAUGUCAAUAAAC